AUGAGCAAAGAGUUCUCACUAAUGCACUUCAAGUACGCGGCCGAACAGGUCGUCUCCCAAGUCACGCUAUUUAAAGUUCGCAUGCAAGAGGCCAUCGAUUUGACAUUCGACAGCAAAGCCGCUACUCCUUCAUGCGAAAAGGUAGUAAAGGUCUACAAGGGUGUUGGGGGAGCCAUUUCGACAGUAGUUACUGGCAUGAUACUUGCUAGUUGCGCCCCAGCUUUCAAGGACGAACAGCGAUCGCAAAUUUCUAGCGAUGCUGCAAAGGGGCUUUUGCUUUUCGAUGAGCUGGGCGUGGUUCUUACUGAGUAUUGUCUGUCCAAGGCAGUGGAUAUUACAGAGGGCGCAGUCAGUUUGGAUGCUGCAAUGGCACUACUCCCGGUCGCGUACUCGCUGCCAUGUGAUUCAUGA